UCUUGGCGUUAAGCUUGCGGUAUUUCCAGCUGAAGAAUGGAGAGAAAGCAUGGAAAAUACGUAGUGAACGUGGAACACGCUGGAGAACAGCAACCAAGCACCUGUUCACAUGGCCAAGAAGCUCAGCCUGCCACACACUGGUGUCCACCUUUAAAUGAUGUAGCUGGAAAUGUCUCCUCCAACUUGUCUGGGGUCUGGGUGAGCCCAACAGUCCUUGAACAUUCAGAGUGCCAGCACCCAGAGCCACACAGUGCACAGGUGGCUAGAAAUGGCUGUGGUGACUGGUCUCUGUGCAAAGUCUUCCUGGCUUCCCUCUUAGCCUCUGUAAUAACAACAGCGAUUGGAGUACUCAUCCUAAGCCUGGUGAAUAGAAACAAUCCCCCCAUUGUUAUUCAGUUAACCUCAAACACUGACACCUCUACACUAACACCUGGAACAACCUCUAUUACUUCUCAAACCACAGUGGCUACUUCCACAGGGUCUACAACUACCACAACGUCACCUGAAACUACAGCCACAACAGCCACCAUAGUUUCUACUGAGCCUGCAAGGACAUCCACUUCAACCCAGCCAUCAACCUCUGCAGCAUCCACUGAAACUCGUGCCACAACAACCAGGGCCAUGACUUCAACUCAACCUGUAACUACAGCUGACACCACCUCAACUUCAUCUGUGUCCACAAGCACAGCUGCCUCAACCCAGCCCACAGCCUCUGCUACAUCCACCGGAACAUCAGCCACAACCAUGGAUUCAACUCAACCUGUAACCACAUCAACAGCAACAUCCUCCUGA